AUGGCAUCAAGUUUAUAUGACGAUUUAGAUAUUUUAGACGGAACACCACUUGAUAAUUUAGCAUCAAGCGAGUUGUCGAAUAAAUCAGGAAAUGCUCCAUUGGUUGGUUUACGGGUCACUGCUAACUGGUCAGAAUCUGAUGCUACAUUAUCUAAUCAAUUCAAUGUAAAUGCUUCUUCAGUCAAUUCGAAUUCCAGUCUAAAAUUAAUGCAAUCCCACAUGGCUGUGAAACGUGCUCAAGGUCGACGCCCUGCCACAGAUUCUUCCAAUUCUCAGUGGAGUUCUCGUUCAACAUUAGCCCCAGUGGUCGAUUUGAAACAGCGUGUAUCACACGUAGAUGGUUCUUACAGAUUUAAUCAAUUAACAGGACGAUUAGAACGAUGUGUUUCAGAAAGCAGUGGAGGUAAAUCUAAACGUUCGUUGAAAUAUUCCAAUACAGCUAUGACAAAUGGUUUAUUAUUUGGUGAACCGAAUCUACCGUUGGGUGUGAUGGAUGAAUAUAAUCCUAUGAUUCCUAAUGAAUAUGAAGAAUUAGCUCGAAUCAAACGUGAACGUAGACGUGCUGAGGAAUCAGCUCUUGCAGACAGACAUCAUCGACUAGAUCCAUUUGGUAUGAACGAUCCUUCAGGAAUGUGUCGUCGUUAUGAGUAUUCAGAUGAAGAAGAUGAUGAGGAUAAUGAAUAUACUGCAGCCUCUGGUAAAAAUUCUUCCCAACCAACAAAAGGUGCUGCUAUUGCACCUCCAUCUGUUCUACUCGAAGAUGUAACUGUAACUCCUGGUUCAAAUGCAUCACAAAACCCUGAAUCAUCGACUAAUGAUGAUGAUCCUGGCGUUAGUACAGCUAGCAGUAAAUUUGGAAUUAAUGUUGUUGCAGCGAAAAUGAUGGCUCGAAUGGGAUAUCGAGAAGGACAAGGUCUAGGUAGAGAGAGUCAAGGAAUGUCGACUGCAUUAGUUGUUGAGAAAACUAGUCGACGUGGUGGCAAGAUAAUUCAUGAAAAAGAUAAACAACGUCAACAAAUUCAGACAAAUGCUGCUGCCAACAAUAGUAAUAAUCUACCUAGUUAUUUGAAUGCAAAUGUAGAGGAGACAUUUAAUAAUUUGCCACUACCAGAGAAUCGAAGUUGUGUUAUCCUUCUACGUAAUAUGUGUGGACCAGGUGAAGUCGAUGAUGAUCUUGAACCUGAAACAGCUGAAGAAUGUGCUAAAUAUGGCAAAGUAGUAAUGUGUAUGAUUUAUGAAUUGCCUGAAGCUCCGGAAGAUGAAGUAGUUCGUAUUUUUGUGGAAUUCGAAUCUGAAGAAGCAGCAACUAAAGCGGUACUUGAUUUGAAUGGUCGAUUUUUCGCUGGACGUGUCGUGAAGGCUGGAUUUUAUGAUGCAGAAAAAUUCAGGAAUCUGGAACUUGCUGAUGCACCAUUGUCUACGUAA